CAAGAUUUGGAUCGCGGAUAACGAUCGUUUUUUCCCCUGCAACUUGCGUCAAGCUCGAAAUGGCCUUGUCGACGCCCAUGCUGUCCCGAUGCACCCGCUCGGUCGCCCUGCCACCCUCGGCGCCCGCCGCCUCCUCCGCGACAACCAGCGCAUCAGCGCCCUCGGCCGCGCGGGCGACCUGGCCGCAGCGCGCCGGGUGUUCGACGCCAUGCCCCAGCGCGACGUCGUCUCCUGGAACGCGCUCCUCACCGCGCUCUGGCGCGGCGGGCGCGACCUGCCCGCCGCGCGCCGCCUCUUCGACGCCAUGCCUUCCCGCAACGUCAUCUCCUGGAACUCCGUCGUCGCCGGCUGCCUCGCGCACGGGGACCUGGGCGCGGCCUCCGCCUACUUCGCGCGCGCCCCGCGGCGCAACGUGGCCACGUGGAACGCCAUGCUCGCGGGGUUCGUGCGGCUCGGCCGUGUGGAUGACGCGGAGAGGCUGUUCGGCGAAAUGCCCGAGAGAAACGUGGUGUCGUACACCGCCAUGGUGGACGGGCUCGCGCGGUUCGGGGAGGUGGGGAGGGCGCGAGAAGUGUUUGACGCAAUGCCCGAGAGGAACUUGGUCUCGUGGGCGGCGAUGAUCAGUGGGUAUGUUGAGAACGGCAUGUUCGUCGAGGCAAGGAAAUUGUUUGAAGAGAUGCCAGAAAAGAAUGUUGUAGCGUGCACCGCGAUGAUCACUGGGUACUGCAAGGAAGGGGAUGCGGAGAGCGCCAGGAGGCUGUUUGAUGAGAUUCGUGUUAAGGAUGUCAUCUCCUGGAACGCCAUGAUUGCAGGAUAUGUUCAUAAUAGACACGGAGAAGAAGCUAUGAGACUGCACGUUGUAAUGCACAAAGAAGGUGUAAAACCAGAUCAUGCAACUCUUAUUGCAGUCCUGACUGCAUGUUCUGCCCUUGCUUUGCUCAGACAAGGAAGAUCCACACAUGCUGUUGCCAUAAAAGCAAUGUUAGAGUCUAGCAUUAGUUUUUCUAAUGCUUUGAUGACAAUGUACAGCAAGUGUGGCAGUGUGAGCGAGUCAGAGUUAGUCUUCAUGAAUAUUAAAAGCCACGAUAUUGUUUCUUGGAACACAAUAAUUGCUGCAUAUGCACAACAUGGCAAGUAUCAGAAAGCUAUUUCACUGUUCCAUGAGAUGGAAGCGCAUGGACUGGCUCCGAAUGACAUUACCUUCCUUACUGUGUUAUCAGCAUGUGGGCAUGUCGGCAGGGUGGAUGUCAGCUUGAAAUUAUUUGAUCUUAUGUCAUCCAAAUAUGCAAUAUCUCCAAGAGCUGAACACUAUGCUUGUAUUGUGGAUAUAUUGGGCCGAGCAGGACAACUGGAGAAAGCUUGUAACUAUAUAAAAGAGAUGCCAUUUAAAGCUGAAAAGAAUGUCUGGGGUGCCUUGCUAGGAGCUUGUCAGACACGUGGUAAUGUCCAAUUGGGUGAACUUGCUGCUAAGAUGCUUGUUCAGUCAGAUUCUGAAAGUUCAGGUCCGUAUGUGAUGCUCUCAAACAUAUAUGCUGCCGCUGGCAUGUGGGGUGAAGUCAAUCAAGUGAGAGGCCGGAUGAAAGAAAAAGGUGUGAAGAAACAACCUGGAUACAGCUGGACCGAGAUUACUAAUGAAGUUCAUAUGUUUGUGGGUGGUGAUGCAUCUCAUCCAGAGAUGAGAAAUAUCAUAUCUGAGCUGAGAAAAAUUAGCUUUCAUAUGCACAUGACAAUUGAUGAAACUCAUAUAAUGGCAGAGCUGGCACAAGAAUAUGGUUAGCAUUUUUCAUAACCUCCAAAUUCCGAUGCACUUUGAAUAUCCGCUCUACUAAAAAAUCACCAGUUAUGAGUUCAAGGACCAAAUCAAUCAUGUUUCUAGGGAGUAGAUUUUCAUCUCAGCGACAUGGAUUUCCAGCAUGACUUGUAAUCAGAUGAGUCCAUUGUAUGUUUUUAUGAUGGCAAAUAUGGGCUUUUUGCUAGAAAGAAAUAAGGGACUCAAGUCAUGAUAAGAUGGUUGAAACUAUAAGUUAGGAGGAGCUGUUCUUGAAGGUUUCGCCACAACAUUUGCUGAGAUAAACAGCUGGUUAUUGGAUCAAUUUACACAAAGGGAAGUGCUAUGGUUUCCAAACGGAGUUGUGUCAAUGCUCCACAUAAUCAAUCUGCAGUUUCCCUUAUGCGUCCUAUUCACAUACUUUUAUGCAAUAUUACUUUGCUCUAUAGUGACAGAAGGGAACUCCAGUGCUCCGUGAAUCAUUAAUGAUACACGGUUACAGAAAGGUUGAGCCUAUGGCACAAGUUCUUUCA